CCGGCGCCCGUCCCGGUCCCGGGCGGGAGGAGUCCCCGCCGCCCCCCGCCCGCUGAGCCCGGCCCGGCCAUGGGGGCUCUGACCAGCCGGCAGAACGCAGGCGUGGAGGAAGUGGAUAUCCCCGCUAAUUCCGUCUACAGAUACCCCCCGAAAUCCGGGAGUUACUUCGCCAACCACUUCAUCAUGGGCGGGGAGAAGUUCGACUCCACGCACCCCGAGGGGUACCUGUUCGGCGAGAACAGCGACCUCAACUUCCUGGGCAACCGGCCCGUGGUGGAACCCGUGAAGACCCUCAGGAGUUUAAUCAACAUCCGCAAGGACACCCUGCGCCUCGUCAAGUGCUCGGAGGAGGUGAAGACCCCGGGGGAAGAAGUGAGCAAAGCCAAGGUGCACUACAACGUGGAGUUCACCUUCGACACGGACGCCCGUGUGGCCAUAACCAUCUACUACCAGGCAACUGAGGAGUUCCACAACGGGGUGGCGAGCUACACCCCCAGGGACAACAGCCUGCAGUCCGAGACGGUGCACUACAAGCGGGGGGUGUGCCAGCAGUUCUGUGUGCCCUCCCACACCAUCGACCCCUCCGAGUGGAGCGAGGAGGAGCUGGGCUUCGACCUGGACCGCGAGGUUUAUCCCAUGGUGGUGCAGGCAGUGGUGGAUGAAGGAGAGGAGCACAGUGGACACUGCCACGUGCUGCUGGCCACCUUUGAGAAGCACAGUGAUGGCACCUUCUGCGUGAAGCCCCUCAAGCAGAAGCAAGUGGUGGAUGGUGUGAGCUACCUCCUGCAGGAGAUCUACGGCAUCGAGAACAAGUACAACACACAGGACUCCAAGGUGGCCGAGGACGAGGUGAGCGAUAACAGCGCCGAGUGCGUGGUGUGCCUGUCGGACGUGCGGGACACGCUGAUCCUGCCCUGCCGCCACCUCUGCCUGUGCAACACCUGCGCCGACACCCUGCGCUACCAGGCCAACAACUGCCCCAUCUGCAGGCUGCCUUUCCGAGCCCUGCUUCAAAUCCGAGCCAUGAGGAAGAAGCUGGGCCCGCUCUCGCCCACCAGCUUCAACCCCAUCAUCGCCGCGCAGAGCUCGGACUCCGAGGAGCACUCGUCCUCGGAGCACAUCCCGCCGGGUUACGAGGUGGUUUCGCUGCUGGAGGCCCUCAAUGGGCCCCUGACGCCGUCGCCGGCCGCGCUGCCCCUGCGGGCCCUGGGGGACCCCCCCGGCGUGGGGACCCUGCCCUCCUACGGCAGCGAGGGCCCCCUGCCCGCCCUGAGGGCCCUGGCACCCCUGGAGCGCCUGCCCGACUGCGGCCCCGCGGGGCUCAAGCUCAAGAGGAGCAUCUCCAAGUCCAUCUCACAGAAUUCCUCCAUCCUGCCCGAAGAGGAGGAUGAGAAGUCGUGCACUGAGUCAGAGCUGAGGGUGGCCAGGAGGAGAUCCCCAGCCCGGCAUGAGGAGGAAUGUGGUGCAACCCCAGAGAGUGAAAACCUCACCCUGUCGUCAUCAGGAGCCAUCGACCAGUCCUCGUGCACUGGGACACCCCUGUCCUCCACCAUCUCGUCCCCAGAAGAGCCCGUGAGCAGCAGCCUGGCUCAGUCCGUCAUGUCCAUGGCCUCCUCCCAGAGCCAGCACUCCCAGCUCAGCACCGACACCGUCUCCUCCAUGUCUGGCUCCUAUAUCGCCCCUGGCACGGAGGAGGAAGAGGAGGAGGAGGAGGAAGAGGAGGGGGACAUGCUCCCCUCGCCCGCGGCCGCGAGCGCCACAGCCUCUGAUGGAGAGUCAACACCUGUGGAGUCCCCGGAUGAUCUGAACUUUGUCAGCAUCUCUGCCGAGGAGCGCGAUGCCGAGGGCAACGAUGUGCUGGAGGACGAGGACGCCUCUCCCACACAGGAAGACGGCCCGAGGACAGGCGCUUUCCUCGGUCUGAGCUGUGACAAUAACAAUGACAUGGGCAUCGCACACGUGAGAGCGCUGGACAAUAAACUGUGCUCUGAGGCCUGCUUACCUGGCUCCUCCGUCUGUGUGAAAGUUCAUGUUCGCUCUGUGCCAACACGGUUUCCUCCACCCACGCUUGUGCCCCUUCCCUGCCCAGAGUUGCCCAAAGGUGACAAAUGUAUUGAACACCCCUGGCUCCUCUGUGGAAGGGGGCAGUGGGCUGGGGACCCUGCCCAGCCCUGCAGGCUCCUCUUCCUCAGCCUGUGUGUGGGGAAACGAGCCAAAAAGCCAAACCAGAACCCUCCAUGGGGCCUCAGUCAAUACAUUUGUGGACAAGCUGAAAGCAACUCUGCCCGUGCCUUGCCCCUUCAGCUGACUUUGUGGCAGGUCCCAGACCUGCAGCAGGUGCUGGAGAGCCAAGAGGGUGGGUGAAACCCACUGGAGGGAGGGGAAAUCCUUUCUUUUCCUCUGCUCCUUUGGGAAAGCCUCCUCUCCUGCUGCCUUGCCUGUUCCUGGUGGUUUCUGUGCUGGAGAAACACGGCUGAGGCUCUUGGGGAGGAACACACAAGCCCUGUGUCCUCUCCAUCACCCUCUGUCAGCACUGGCUGAGUCCUGCUGGCCUGGGGGGCUGGGGAGGGAGCUGGGGGUGUCCCAGCAGCACCUCUGCUUUGCUGGAGGGCCUGGCAAAGCCACCCCUGACUGCAUCCCCCUUGGUUGUGCUGGGGGGAGGAUGAGGAAGGGGGAGCUUUGCAGCCCACGUGGCUCCAGCACAGGGUCAAGUUCUUGCUCUGCUGUGAGGUGUGCACGGGGCUGGCAUGCAGGAGCUGGUCCCUGGGCUGAGCCCAGCCAAGGAUGCCCUCUCCAUCCUUUGGCCACCACACCUGCCCAUGUGUCCAGCAGCUGCAGCCCCCAGCACCAGCUGUGCUGCAUGAGAGGGGUGAUCCAGCCUUGGCCUUUGUGGGGAAAAGCAGAGGCUGAGGAGGUGCAGAGUGGGGCUUUGGGGCUCUCCAUGGUCCCUGGGAAUGACAGACACGGUGUUCUCCAUCCCUUUUCACUCCCUGUAGGAUACAAGGCAUUUUUUCCACAUAAUAAUGGACAGUGAUCAUUGUUUUCUGAAAUUUCUUUUUGAGCUGUUGUACCAGUUUGUGUAGAUCACUGUCCCCAGUUUUUAACAAUCCAUUCCAGUAGGUGUUGUAGACAAAAUGUCCUAUUACACAUCUAACAUACAUUUUGGUGCAGUUUUUGGUAGGAGUAGCUGAAAUCACAUCCUGCUCUGUAGGUGAAGUUACAAAUACAUGGAUUCAAGUGGUUACAAAGCUGUAUCUUUGUGUCACCCACUGUUAAAUUGUCACAAGGGGGUCUUAGACACACACCCCCUAAACCUACAGACACUGGGAUGGAUUCAGGGUCAUUAUCAGGAGACACUUCCAAAUGAUAGACACAGUUCUAUGUCCAAAACACAGCUAAGGCUCUCAGAAUGUUACUUUCACAUACAAACCCCUGUUAUUCUGUCUCCACACAACAAUCUACAUGUGUGUGACUGUUUUUAAAAGCCCAUGCUCAGUGUUCCAAUGGAGCUAAUCCCAUUCCUACCACCAGGAUUUAGUGCUUGGUACAUACAGAAGCACUCUGUGUUGCUAAGGCAAACACUGUGACCUUACUAGUGAUGGGAACAUAAGAAAAUUUGAUUGAACACCACCAGAAUUUAAAUGCCUUUUCAAAUUUCAAUGAAUAAAAGUCCCCUUUCCCAUUCAGUGGUUAUCCCAGAACUGCAGGAGUGUAACCACAACUGAGCUGGAAUACAGCUGGGUGCUGAAGCCACUGCUUUGAGCAAUUUCCAGACCAUCAACCAGCUGGUCAUUAGCAUUUGGAUAUUUUUGAUAUUUGAAGCUGAUCAGUGUGUAUUUCCAAGAGCAGAUAGGGAAGACCUUAAGAGUUGAUCUAUAGUGUUCAAAUAAUUAAUGGUUGCACCCAAUUGAUCAGUCAGAGUUUCAAGAUUGAUACUGUUCAACACUCCUAUUCCAGUUCCCAAUACAUCUGUUACAUGUGUGAGAUAACAGCCUCUGGUUUAGGCAGGAAAACCAGACAGUCGAAGAGGUAUCUGUAAAAGAUAAACAUUUUGGUCUGAUAGCAGGAACAUUGGUCUGCAUCUCUUUAAGGACCAGGAUUAAACAAUAUUUGUUGUUGCUCAACCAAUUUGACCUUGAAAUGUUCAGAGUUGAUUUUAUAGGUUUUGGAGAAGUUUUUGGAGCAGUUGUGGAGGUUUUGCUGGGCACCCUUAAACUCUCUAGAGUACAGUCAGCUUCUAUAUCAUAAGGGGUUAGGAUCAGUAUUGUGUCUUUAAAUUUACAAUCCUUUAGGCUCAUGGUGAGACAGCCUGGGGCUGUUCCAUGUUUUGUGGUUUUGUUUUGGCUGUGUCAUUCCUAAAAUCUCUCAGGGCUUGUACCCAGUCCAUGGGAGCCCCACUCAGUGAUUGUAGGGAAGGCAGCUGCAUCCUGGCCCUUGAGAUCUGUGGUGUUCAGAGUCUACAUCUCCAAGUCCAUCAAGUCUCUUGGACAAUCUCCAAGCUGGUGGCAUUUGAUAAUGAUGUUUUUGUCCUCUCUGUAAUGGAUGGAGGCGCAGGACGUGGUUCCUCAAAGCUUCUUUUGAAAUCUCUGCAGAUUUCAAUCUGGUGGGAAAGAGCUUUGUGAGGAGGCAAAAGUCCCCAUCCCAGGGAUUUUAGGACAUGAGGUUUUUUAACUAAAACCUCCAGAACCAUGUCCUUGUGUGGAUCCUGCAGAGCAGGAGCUGCAGGGGCUGUCCCCAGGGUUCAGAGCAUCCCCUGGCUGCAGCCCCUCUGCCACAGGCAGGGUGGAAAAACAGCUUUGGAAAGAGAAACUGGGGAAAGACAUCUGCCAGAGAGGCUGGCAACGAGGUGGGGGAGCUGCUGUAGAGAACCUGAAAUCC